AAAAAGAAUAAAAAAAGCAGAAACGAGCCCCCCCGUUCCAAUUAGUCCACGGAACACCGUGUUUUUGUUUUACAUUUCUUCUUCGCUCUCUCUUUGCCGUCGGGUCUUGCCCAUUCUUCGGUCUGAAAGUCAGCAGGAAAAUUUGCGAAGUCGAGUAAGAGAGGUGCGGUCAAGUCUUAUUCAAAAACUUGCAAGUAUUUUGCGUAUGGAUUUAGGUGGUUAUGGAUAGAAUUAUAGCUCGAAUGAAGAAAUCGUCGGGUAGAAGAGGGGAUAAAACGCCGACAAGGCGGUUAGAGCGCCGUGACGCCUUGAAGCAUAUUAAUUAUGACGCAGCGUCGACUUCCACUUGGUCAGCUGAAGAUAUCUCCGCUUCUCUGGUGACGCGCUCUCUGGAGUUGCCAGAUCGCACCAGUUUCCGAAUCUUCGGAGGUGGAGAUGUAGAGAUGGAUCAGAUUUACAAGUCCCUUGGUUUGUCUGGCCCUGAUGAUUUGGCUAUAUCUUUUGACGCCUGGGAAGCUUGCAAAAAGCGUUCGUCUUCAGAUGUUAUCAACAGGUUCAAGUCUUUCGAGCUCGAUCUUCACAAUUUUCCUGUUCCGAGUUUGAGUGAAGCGGCUCCUAGCUAUGGUGGCAUGGGAGAAAACAAGCCUUGUCUUGAGCGAACACCGACCAUCACUGUAAAGUCUAGAGGGUAUCUUGUUCCAAAUCACGGUGAUGUUGCUUCUGGUGGUGGUGCAGGAGAAGACAAGCGUGGUCUUGUGCGAACACCGACCAUCACUGUAAAGUCUAGAGGUUAUCUUGUUCCAAAUCAGAGUGAUGUUGGUAUAAAGGGAGUAAGGCCACCGGUGCUUAAGCCUCCUCCGGCCAAACGACCUCCUAUUGAUCAUCAGGGAUCAUCUUGGGAUUUCCUUACCCAUUUCGCCCCAGAGGAUGGAAUUGUUAGGCGGCCAAGUUCCUCUUCUACUUCCGACAAUGGAGAGGAAACCUUGGAAGAGGAAGUGGAUACUGGUGAUGAGGCAUGCUCAUUCAGUACGAACGAAGGUGGUGGUGACUCCUCAAGCACUGUAUCCAAUACUUCGCCCAUUUAUGCAAACGGUGGAUCUAUCAUCACGUCGUGGCAGAAGGGUGGACUUCUGGGACGAGGAUCGUUUGGCUCCGUUUUUGAAGGCAUUUCAGGAGAUGGGGACUUCUUUGCUGUUAAGGAAGUUUCACUACUUGAACAAGGAAGUCAGGCACAAGAAUGCAUACAACAACUCGAGGGGGAGAUUGCACUGCUUAGCCAGCUUCAGCAUCAGAAUAUCGUGAGAUAUCGUGGCACUGCCAAGGAUGGGUCGAAUUUGUACAUCUUUCUUGAGCUUGUAACCCAGGGGUCUCUUUCAAAGCUCUACCAAAGAUACCAGCUUAUGGACUCUGUAGUCUCCACGUACACUAGACAAAUUCUUGAUGGUUUGAAGUAUCUCCACGACAAAGGUUUUAUUCACAGGGACAUCAAAUGUGCAAACAUACUGGUGGACGCCAACGGAGCUGUUAAACUUGCAGAUUUUGGAUUAGCAAAGGUUUCAAAAUUGAACGACAUUAAGUCCUGCAAGGGAACUCCAUUCUGGAUGGCUCCAGAGGUUAUUAACCCAAAGCGUACUGAUGGGUAUGGAAGUUCAGCUGAUAUAUGGAGCCUUGGGUGCACAGUGCUGGAAAUGCUCACUGGUCAGAUCCCCUACUGCGAUCUAGAAAACCCCGUUCAAGCCCUGUAUAGGAUCGGAAGGGGUGUGCUUCCGGACAUACCUGAUACAUUAUCACUCGAUGGCCGAGAUUUCAUAACUGAAUGUCUCAAAGUGGACCCUGAAGAGCGGCCAACUGCGGCUGAGCUGCUGAACCAUCCAUUUGUGAGAAGGCCCUUAGCAUACUCAGGCUCGGGAUUGGGAUCAGCAUCUCCGCAUGUCCAUAGACGAGGCUAAUGCGCAAGCAGAAGAUUUUUGAAAGAUGAGACCAACCCCAUAGAAACUAGAAACGUUUGGGGAAACACGAGAUAUGAUUCUUCAACACACGUACGGUUCAGUUGGGCAGCAAGAGCUAAACUGCAUGGAGGAGACAUAUCCUUUAGGUUUGCUUCUGGCUCAUUCGUUGGUUAUUUUUUUUAAGUUGUAUGUUGGACGUAAUUUGGGAACUUGAGAUCCAUGUUCUUCUAGGAAAAUGAUUAAUUAGAGUGCCGAUCUUGGUGUUUUGAGUGUAUAGGUUUUGUAAGUUUUAUUAAACUUAUUGAUGUAAUGUAUAAUUGGUUUUUGAGAGUUUUUGUGUAUUUGUAACUGUGUGCACAUCACGCGUCCGGUGUCCUUUUGGGUUUUAUCUCUAACUAGUGGGUGUCGCGCUAUGCGGAAUUGUCGAUAAUUAUUUUUCAUGAAAAAAUGUUUGUAUUUUA